AAACUCCGAAGUCUGAAACUUGAAAACCCCACCCAACAUAAAUCCAAUCCAACCAUAAAACUAACUCAACCUGAAAUUUAAAUUCUUUUCUCGCUUAAACCCAACGAACAACUAUUGCAAAAGGGAGAUUGAUCUUGAAGAAUGACAGGGCUGGUAAUGGUGAGAGUUGGAUGUGGUGGCGGUGGUGGUGGUGGUGGUGGUGGUGGUAAAGGAAACAAAGGAACGAGAAGCCGUUAUGAAGAACAGAACCAGCUCUCAUUGGCGGAAGUUCUUAUAGCGGCUCUGAAAAAGUCUAUGAUGGCUUGCCAUCUUGAUAGAGAUGUAGAUGUUAUCUCAACGGUUGAUAAUAUGGAGAUUGGGUGGCCUACCAAUGUAGAACACAUAGCACACGUCACCUUUGAUCCCUUCAAUGGCUUUCUUGGUCUUCCUGUUGAGUUCGAAGUUGAAGUUCCAUGUCAAGUUCCAAGUGCCAGUGCUAGUGUGUUUGGCGUCUCAGCGGAAUCAAUGCAAUGCUCUUUUGAUUCAAGGGGGAAUAGUGUCCCAACCAUUCUCUUGCUGAUGCAGGAACGUUUAUACUCACAAGGAGGCCUUAAGGCAGAGGGAAUUUUCCGAAUCAACCCUGAGAAUAGUCAGGAGGAGCAUGUGAGAGACCAGCUGAACAGGGGCGUUGUGCCAGACAAUAUUGACGUCCAUUGUCUGGCUGGCCUUAUAAAGGCCUGGUUCCGAGAACUUCCAUCAGGAGUGCUGGAUGGACUAUCACCAGAACAAGUUCUUGAUUGCAACACAGAAGAAGAAUCUGUUGAGCUUGUGAAGCAAUUGAGACCAACUGAGGCUGCAUUGCUCAAUUGGGCUGUUGAGCUAAUGGCUGAUGUUGUGGAAGAAGAGGAAUCCAACAAAAUGAAUGCCAGAAACAUUGCCAUGGUUUUUGCUCCUAAUAUGACACAGAUGUCUGAUCCAUUGACGGCUUUGAUGCAUGCUGUUCAAGUGAUGAACUUGCUCAAGACCCUAAUUACCAAAAGUCUGAGGGAACGUGAAGAUACAGAAACUGGAGGAUAUUCGCCAAUGUCAUCACAUUCAUCUGAUCGGGAAACUGAUGAGGAAUAUGAUAGUCAGCAAGAGAUGAAUAGCAGCUGUGAAUUGAGGGGGCCAACAUCAGAAUAUGAUGAUAAUGCACAUUACAGCCACAGUAGUGGAGAUGAAGAUGAAACUGAGCCACUGGGUGAAAUAGAAGAAUGCUUCUUGAGGCAAUUGGAUGAGAACAAAAAUAUCCCAAAUGGUGGUUGCUUAAAGCAGCCAAUGGGUGAUUUGCAGGGAGAGUAUGCAAGUUCCAGAAAUUUCUCUGGGUUCACUCCUGAGUCUGGUAUAUCUUUUACUGAUAGCAAAAAUGAGAACUCUAGUUCUUGUUCAAGUGAUGCAGAAGACUCAAGGACAAGUUUGAUUGCUGUAGAACAAAAAACCAACAAAACGAGCCCAUCAAAAGGCAAUGAAAACACUAAGGAUGUGGAGAUGGUAGAGAAAUUAGUGGAGUCAGCAUCAAUCACGUGUGUGCAAUAAAUCGGUCAUAUCAUUCUGACGGCUAGGAUAAAUUGCCCAUUUUGUUUUUCUUGCUCUCUCUUCAAUCGGAUGGUUGUAUCUGUACAUUGACAUUGCUUGAAAAUAGGGGGGAUUGCUUGAAUUGGGGUAGGGUGUGUUUGCUUGUGGUGGAUGAUUGAGAGAGUCAGUCAUGGCUCAGCUUGGGGCUGAACAUGUACUAUUUCUAUGUUGGUGUUUUAGAUUGUAAAAGAAAUUCAUCCCCUGACUUAUUUAAGAUCGGAAUUUAGUAUUCCAGAAGUCUAUUUGUGGAUGAUUUCUUAGGGAGUUUGACCUUGUCAUGCAUAUUACAGUUGUGUGCUAGUGAAUAAGCUAAGCCUCAAUUGUAUUUGGAUCUAAUUUAUUAAGCUUUUCUAUAAUUAGAAUCAGAACUGUUGACAUACUUUCACAA